AAAAUGUUUUCGCAUUUUACACAGCUUUGUUGUAACUUUAGUAAAAAGGAAACACCAAAAUAGUACUGUCCGUAACGUCAAAAUUAGUUUUGAUUUAAAAGCUAUAUACUUCGUCUGUGUACCUACAGCUUGACUCGAUAAUUUUUUUCCGGAUUGGUCUAAAGAUUGAGUUAUAAGAUAACUAUAUAAAUUUACGAAAGCUUUUGCGUCAUUUGGUUCGAGAAUGAGAAACGGGUAGAAAGCUGAAUUAUACACCGGAAAAUUACUGACUAAUUCAAUCUGAAACCCUAAAAAGAGUCGACAAAAAGGAUACAAACUGAACUGAAUAAACAUCAAUUUAUUUCAUUUAAUAAAACCAGACCUUAUUAUGAACACUGUCUUGAACACUUAAUUUAAUCUCGUGUUGGAGCUGUAAGUUUUUCCAAGAGAAGUUUAAAUGUUUAACAAACUGUUAAUUAAUGUAACUUAAUUUUCACCGAAUGCCCACUGUAUUGUCACAUUAAAUAAUUUCUCUAAAUGCAGAGGUACGCCAAGAUUUUGUCAAAUUCUGUUAAAAUCUGGUUUAAUUAAUGAUUACUUAAAUGAAUAAAAAAUGCAGUUGUAGUCUACCAGUGUUUGCGUCGACGCGUUCGAUCUUACUACAAAUUUAAUUGGAGAUUUCAGUUAGAUGUGGCUUUUCAUGUCGGGAUGUUGUAAAUUCAUUGUCAGUCAAUAGCGUAGUUACCAUAGACAAACUUCACCAAUAUUUCAACGAUUUUAACAAAAGCUGUUUACUAAAAGUUUAAUUUAAUCUGAAUUGAAAUCCGCAUGACGGCUUUAAAUUUUUCUGAGCUGAAUAAAAACACCAACGCUUCACAAGAACUAUUAAUCUCAGUUGAAAGCUACACUGUAGUAGCAUUAAUUUUGUUUUUCAUUGGAUUAUUUGGAUUUUCUUUAAAUUUGUCAGUGAUAGUUUUUAUGUGGAAAGAAAAACAGCUGUGGACCCCUUUAAAUAUAAUCCUCUUCAAUUUGGUUUUUAGCGAUUUUUUAGUGUCAAUUUUAGGAAAUCCAUGGGCAUUUAUUUCAGCGAUCAAUUAUAGAUGGGUAUUUGGAAGAAUCGGAUGUGUAUUGUAUGGUUUUAUAAUGUCAUUUUUAGGUAUCAAUUCUGUUACAACUUUAACUGCACUUGCUUUUGAACGAUACUUGCUGAUUGCUCGCCCAUUUCGCAACUCUGGAUUGAAUUUCCAACAUGCUCAUACUUUAGUGCUGUUUCUAUGGUUUUAUUCUUUAUUUUUAACAGUACCACCUCUGUUAGGAUGGGGUGAAUACGUUAAUGAAGCAGCUGAUGUAAGCUGUUCCGUAAACUGGGAGAAAAAAAGCAUAAAUUCCAUGACGUACAUUACCUAUCUCUUUAUAUUCGGCCUCUUCAUCCCUCUUUUGAUUAUAACGUUCAGUUAUGUAAACAUUAUAAACAGGAUGAGACGAAACGCUUUCAGGAUGGGUCAAGUAACUAAAGCCGAACGCAAAGUGUCAUACAUGAUUCUCUUAAUGAUAAUAGCUUUCCUAACAGCUUGGAGUCCAUACGCCAUUUUCGCCCUUAUUAUACAGUUUGGUAAUUCAUCUGGUAUAACCCCGGGAAUAGCAGUGAUUCCUUCGUUAUUAGCAAAAAGCAGCAUUUGUUAUAAUCCUCUCAUUUAUAUUGGACUGAAUGUUCAGUUUCAGCAAACGUGGAAACAAACUCAAGAAAAGCGUAAAAAGGAUUAUUCGGUUGAGGUUUUACCUACAUCUGGGAUAAUUUCGCGCGACACAAAUGUUGUAUUUCCAGGAAAAGCAAGACACGGGAAACCUGUAAAUGAAAAUACGAAAACAUCAAACUCAUCUCAAGAUAUUCCGACACUUAUCACAACGAUUUAGAGAGACGAAGACUACGUCAUUUUUGAAUGAAUUAUUAACAGAAAAAUUAAUAAAUGUAUUAAUUAAU